AUGAUUCUACUUAAAUUGCUUAUUAUCAUAAUAGAGAUUAUAUAUUUACUCUAUAAUUAUUUUUUUACAGUUUUGCUAGACUAUUUAGGCAAUCAAAUCUAUAAUUUUGGAAAUCAUAUUGGAAAAGCAUCAUUUACUUAAUUUUAUUUUUAAAUUAUAUCAAAUUAGAUUACAGCCGCAGCCAGGCUCAGAAGUUACGUCUGUAUUGUAUUAUUUCCAAUUUUCUACUACGUUAACUUCCUCAAUUUAUUCAUGAAAUGUAAUUUUAUGCAAAGGCUUUUCUCCUCCUUUUAUUUUGGGUUUAAUUUCAUUUCCGCUUGCAUCUACUCUAACUAAUAAAGAUGA